UAUCUGGGUAAAUAUAGAGGUCGUGGGAAGAUAAGAGGCUGCACUGGGAGGCUGGAGUGAGUCGAGAGCCUAUAAGAAGUCUGGGACCUUGGGUUCAUCGUCCGGUCACACUGAUUCCUCGUGCAUCUUCCCCGUUUCUAUCAUGGCAACCAUGACGGAACAUUCGCGCGUCUCAACAGACAUCGCACUGUCGAGAAUCCCCUCUCACGGCCAAGGUCCCGAUGUGAACACUAGCAAACGCCCCGAGGGAACGCAUCGAGUCGGCCAUGGUAUCUCGACCUCCUCCAUAGAGCCCCCGUCCGAUGCCGCCACCGUCGAAGAUAUCCCGCCCGACGGCGGUUACGGCUGGGUAGUGACCUUCUGCGUCUUCAUGAUCAACGCCAACACCUGGGGCGUGAACUCGUCCUACGGCGUCUUCCUCGACCGCUACGUGACGCGGGACAUCUUCCGCGACGCCACCAAGUUCGAGUACGCCAUGAUCGGAGGGCUGUCCAUCUCCCAGGCGCUGAUGAUCUCGCCCCUGAUUGCGACCCUGCAGAAGCGCAUCGGCGCGAGAUUCACCAUGCUGCUCGGGGCGGCCAUUGUGUUCGCCGGCUUGUUCUCCGCCUCGGCCUCGACCAAGAUAUGGCACCUCUUCCUGUCGUUUUCCUUCUGCUUCGGCUGGGGGAUGGGGUUGAUCUACAUCCCGGCCAUGUCCCUUCUCCCGCCGUGGUUUUCCUCCCAUCGCAGCCUGGCCGUCGGCUUUGCCACCUCCGGCGCCGGUCUCGGCGGUCUCGCCUACAGCCUCCUGGCCGGCCAUCUGAUCGAGGUCUCCGGGAUCGCGUGGACAUGGCGCAUCCUGAGCUUCACCGCGCUCGCCUGCAACGCCAUCUGUGUGCUCCUCUGCCGCGAACGACCCACCUCCUCCUCUUCUUCCCGCAACACCAAUGGCAACCGCUACGCCUUCAGCCUGCGCGACUUCCUGCGCAUCCAGAUCUUCUUAGUGCUGUGCUGGGGCUUCCUGACCGAGUUCGGCUACGUCGCGCUGUGGUACAGCCUGCCCAGCUACGCGACCUCGGUCGGGCUCAGCCCGACACAGGGGUCUAUCGUGCAGGCGUUGCUGAGCCUGGGGUUGGGGCUGGGCCGCCCCGUCGUGGGCUACUACAGCGACCGGGUCGGGCGCAUCAACAUGGCGCUGUGCAUGACGAUGCUGUGCGGCAUCCUGUGUCUGACGCUCUGGAUCCUGGCCCGCAGCUAUGCCGGGCUGCUGGCGUUUGCCGCCAUCGCGGGCGUCAUGUCGGGCACCUUCUGGAGCACCGUCAACCCUAUUCUGGCGGAGGUUGUGGGCAUUUCCCAGGCGGGCAGCACGUUUGGGGCCAUCUGCUUUGCGCUGGUGCUGCCGACGAGUUUUGGCGAGGCGAUUGCCCUGCAGUUGGUCAAAGGGGAGGGCAUACAUCAGUUCCUGCCGUCGCAGAUCUUUGUCGGAUUCAUGUUCCUUGCCGGCGCACUGUUCUUGUGGUGUCUGAGGACUUGGAAGAUUUCUGAGAUUGAGAGGAAGGCGGAGGAUGAGCAGAGGUCGGUGUUGACGGAUAUGGAGGUCGCGGGGACGGCGGCGAUUAGGGGCGUGAGGAGCUCUUUCUGGUUGACGCCGAAGAGGUUGUUCAUGCCGCGGCGGGUUUGAGGACAGGUAAAAUGCAUACCAAUGAUGCGAAAGGGCGCACGAAGAAAGGCGCAAUCCCC